AUGGAACGGAUUAAAAUUCAUCUUUCAUCUAAUGAAGAUAUUCAAAAUAGUUUUAUUGGAAGAGGAUAUGGUCAAGUUGAUUCAUAUGUCUGUACUCAACCAUUGAACAGCAUGUCUCAUUGUACACGUAUACAUGUUUAUAAAUUUCGUGCAUCAGUUGAUAAUGAAAAUGGUGAUACAUUUGUUUUAAAAAAUGAAAUAUUUAAAGAACUUAAACCAGCUGAUCAAGAAGUUAGUCGAUUUAAACAUCGAAGUACACCAUUAGUAUUACGUGCAACUGCUGGUUUAAGAUUAUUAAGUGAAACAAAACAAAAACUUUUAUUAGAAAGUGUUUCAAAUACAUUUAAAAAAUAUGGAUUUUAUCGUCCAAAAAUGGAUAUUGCAAUAAUGAAUGAAACAGAAGAAGAUAUUGAUGCUGGGCUUACAUUUGUUUAUUUAAAAGAUGAACAAUUUUAUGGUAGUCGAAUAGCUGCACUCGAUUUAGGUGAUGGUUCAACUCAAAUAACUUAUAAUCCAUCAUUAUCAAAUACAAGUUUAGCUGAAAAAUUAAAUUUAUUAUUAAAAGCACAACAACCAAUUGAAACGGAAUAA